UCAUCGGGCCGUUCCCACCCUAUGCAUUCGACUUACUCCCGGAGUAGCUACGGCGAACGGCGAUUCUUCAUGUCCUGAUCUGCGGAAUUCUUCUAGACGUUCACAUUAUUCGAGUUCAUAUGGAGGAAUAGACGGCGGAU